UAAAUCCAAUAGUUGUAGCGGUAGGUCAUGUCAGGUUUGCGCUGCUUAGAAAUUGAGUUAUUCGACAGUCCGACGUACAAUAAUAUUUCAACUUGCACGACGACUGACUACAACCAUAUCAGUUCCCGAAUAGGUGGUUGUACUUGUACUGUAUUUUGGAGUGGGCCGACGCGCCAAUAGAGAUUGAUUGUAUUUUGUUACAUUGUCAUCUGCAGUUGUCCUGGUAAAAACCGCCUGCUCUGCAUGAAUAGGGCGAUAAGUAGUUCGUAAAUACUUAGUCAUUCUUCAUCCUGAAGUAGAUAGAGAUACAUAUUUGAUUAGCCUUACUCUUCGUGACAGCAAUCAUGACCUCGAAAACUCACAGUUGAACAGAUUGCGUGAUAUCUACUUGUUGCAACGAGACGAGGACUCUCUCACCGACCGGCAGGCUCAGCUUUGUGAGCCUCUCCUGUUAACGAACGGCUUCUUGCUGCGGGUGGAGAAGCCUUUCAUUAUAGCAUUCCUUCCGCUGGCUACUGUGUGGCCUCCUCUGUAAAACGAGGACUACUUCUGCGAGUAGUAGACAAGGUUUGACAAGUGGUUUCUUGGUUCUUAAAACGGAUCCGAUCGCUGCGUUUCCGUUCGCGAGGAAGGCACUAGAUUUUUGUCCCCUUAUGCACAAAAAUACCGCUGGUCGGUGUAAUGACCACUCAGCUUUUGUACUCUCCGAGGUUGCGACGUUGUUACUUUCUUACGUGAUACUGGUCGUAACCACAAAAAUACUGGAAACUGCAGGCGGCGCAUUGACAUCCACUAAGACGAAGAAUUCAUCCUCACGAGUUGCUUGGCAGGUCUCAAUGUUGUAACGAAAUCGACGAGAGAACGACAUCACAACUGCAGUGACAUCAAACUGAGUAGAGAACUUCGACCUGUAGUACCACUUAAUUGACCUGCCUUAGUAGAACUUUGUCCUGCUGUAGAGUGCGCUGGACGAGAACGGCCAGCCAGAACACGUGAAAAUGCAGAAGCGAAAGGUAGGUGUCGAAAUCACCUACGAUUACGACAAUGCGAAGUACUACAAGGUGGAUCAGAACAACGGCACGACAGCCCUUUGCGACGUACAGGGCCACCCAGUUCCGCGGUUCUAUCGGGUACUGUAUUAAUCCUCGCAGGAUUUAUUCACAACUUCAAUUUCUACAGUCUAGUCAUCAAAGAUGAAAUAUUUAUGAAAUCGCGCAUCAAAAACAAAAAGAGAUACUGCAUGAUGCUUUCUCAUCAAGUAUUGAUUUUGUUGAUGUCGCUCUGUCCGUUUGCUUCCCUUUUAUUUGUGCUUUCCCCAAAAACCAUCAUCUUGUUCAGGACUACUCCGGUUUUGCGUCAGUGUUGGACCGAAAAGAGGAAGGGAGAAUAGAUGAGGUUCCGGUCCUCGAGACCAUUGAAAAUAUACCGAAAUACAUCGGCAGGCCUGCGAAGUAUUGCCUUAUCUACUACAUACUUUUGGUUAUAAGCUCAAGAUAGAGGCAAAAAUGUUCACAAUACAUCACUUCACUGUCGCUUUUCAAUUUUUUUGUUCACAUGCUUUAUCUCAUGAUACCUCAGGUAUGUCGGCUAUCAGCAGGUUCCCCGACCGGGGAUCAAGAUGGCAGCUGCGAGCGACGAAUGCGCCUACACUAUGCCAACGUACUCCUGUUGAGAUUUGUUCUGCAUUAAAUGCCAACCUUGUGAUUAGGAAACGAGACAGAGAUCAUUUUUCUAUUUUCAAUCGCGGCUAGCCUCAGACUCAGUCAGAGUCUUUACGACUUCUUGAACAAGUGCUGCAGCAAUUUGAGGUAUUGUUCCCUCUCAGGUACCUGGAACCACUGCCGCCGAAACUUGGGAAAGUCUCACUGAAGGUGAAAGUUGACCGAAGGCGGAAGUCGCUUCCAUCGAGUGUCAGAGAGCUCCCAAGCUUUCUGCAUACGCUCGAGUCCCAGUAUGCGGAGAGCUUGAGUCUGAAGAACUAUCUGAACAAGACCUUCAGUACAAUGCGAGACAAGACCGACGUAGCAGCAUUAAAAGCUGAGAACAAGGCGACAGUGCAAAAUGAUGGAAUAGACUUGAUGGGAGAGCUUAGAAAACACAGGAUGGACACGAAGGGAAAAUUCGCAGCGAAAAGACCACCGUAAUCUGUCGACUAUUUUUUCUUAGAUGAUCAAAGAGGUGCUAGAACUAGAUCAUAGAAGAAGUAAUUUUAUUGAAUAAGUAUUGCAGAUUGACUUCCGAUCGACUUUUUUUCCUCCUCGUCCUUCAUUUCGCUUUCCCCUGAAAGUAUCGUCCCUUUUGCUUUACAACCUUUGCAGGUAUACCGCACUAGAGAUUAAAAACAAGGAGAAAGCACGCGACGCAAAGAUGAACCCCAAGCGGGCAUUUUUGGAAGAUAGGGCGUACGAAGAAGAUGUUGCGGCAGUCAACAAGCGAAGGCGCGACCGAUAUCCUGUCUUCUUCUCGGAAAGAGAUGCGCGUGAAGCCGCGAUGAGGGAUCUAUAACAGUUGUUGAUAGUCAUGCCCUUGUCAGAGUCGGGAGUCACUUCUGGUUCUGAUAGAAAGAAUGAUGGUAAAGGUCGAUGUGAGGCCAAUUACUUCGAUUUUUGUUCUAGUAGUCUGAGAUUGAAGUUGAUGUUUACCGUUCUUGUAGUUGACAUAGGUAUUAAUUCUGAGUAAAGGAAAAGGAAUUAAGUUCUGGUGCUGGAGAGCCACUUCUUCUUCUACGAGGACAAGUUUUCAUAGACGGAGGUUCUGUGUAAAACAUGUGGCGUUUCAGUACCUAACACUUGAGAUCAACGAAGAUAUUCCUUGACUGAGCUUAUAUUUUGAUAGUUGUAGACCUAGACGCAGUGAGGACCGACUGAACAUAAUGAGCGCUCAUGUUCAUUGAAAGAAGUAGGAUAGGUAGUUUUGCUGUUGUGACGACUGUUCUUGUUCUAUAAAUAUACGGGAUAGGCGAGUUGCGUUUGCUGGCAACGCAGUAGACUGACAGGCAGACACACGAGUUUGCUAUUGCUGCUCAGGGAUAUACCACCACGCUAGGGGCUUUUCAAAUUCAACAGCGGAUAUUCUUG